CGGCGGGCAAAAAUCAUUUUUUGUAAUCUUGGAACAAGCACGUACACACCCCAUGGUACUUGGCGCCAUAUAUGGAUUGGUUGAGGACAGGCUAUUUUGCUGCGCAGAGGGGGAGGAGUAAGGAUAAUUUGAAGUGGACCUGCCCCGUGCAGUAGACGUAUGACGUUCAUCUCCAGUAGAAGAUCAUUCAUAAAAGCAGCUUUGGAAUCAAUAAAGAUAUGCCGUUUUGGGAGUUAUCGUAGACUGUCCACCAUCUGGAAGAGAAAUUAAAGUUAGUUAUCUUUAAAGAAAUUUGUCGCUUGACUCAGAGAAGGAGGGAAUGACCACGAUCUAACCAGCCAGCGGCACUACUGCCAUGCGCAGUACUUGUAUCACCUUACUGGUUUCAAUCAAUAUACAACAUGUAAAAGGGACGCAUGAAUACUAUGGGUCAGUGCUCUAUCGUGUCACACCUAACAGAAAAACUGAUCAUCAUUGCCAUGAUAUCGUAAACUAGAACUGCCGAAUAAAGAUGUUGCCACGUUUAGAGAGAUUAAGUAAUGGUUUACAACGAUUGAUAGAAUUUUUAUGAGUCGAGUUCAAACCUUGCGUCUUUCAAUGGAAGAAAUUCUCGUCCGGUCUGAAAAUAUCUACAGUGAAGGCCUAAGUAGACAAUGAUCGAGCUCAAUGUGAUCGCUUUACUACUAGGAUUAUUCUGCUUCCUACAUUCAAUUAAUGGUAUCCCGUAUGAAAUAUCUGUAUAUACUGGUGAUGUGUUUGGCGCGGGGACUGAUGCUAAAGUAUAUUUAACACUGUUUGGAGAAAAGGGCAAAUCAAGAGAAACAGAACUCGACACCAAGAAUAGAAACGACUUUGAAAGAAACACUGUUGAUAAUUAUGAGCUUAACCUUGAUGAUGUAGGAAAGCUAAAGAAGAUAUCAAUACGACACGAUAACUCGUGGUUUGGUUCGGGAUGGUUCUUGGAAAAGGUGCUGAUAAAGGACAAACAUGGCUGCGUAUACGUGUUCCCGUGUCAUAACUGGUUGGCAUCAAACUAUGGCGAUAAGAAAGUAUCACGUGAUCUAAUAACGAAAACCAACUGUGAAAAGAAUACGAAAAAACAUCUAGUUUGUAAAACAAGUCUUGGUAUGAACAGCGGUCUCAUCAAGGACAGUCAGAUUACAGCAUCAUCUUCGUACGAUGACAAGCACCAGCCCUUCCAUGCGCGGCUCAAAAAGACCGUGAAAGGAUCUCGAGGAGCCUGGUGCUCAGCUUUCGCUGAUGAUACAGAAUAUCUUCAAAUUGUCUUCAAGAAAACUACUCAAGUAGUAGGUAUUGCAACCCAAGGUCAAGCGAUGUUUAACAACUGGGUUACAAAAUACAGCUUGUCAUAUAGUACCAAUGGGUCCAACUGGAAACCYCUCAAGGAAAAUGGAAAAGUGAAGGAAUUCAAAGGCAACAAAGACCGAGAGACCGUUGUUACCCAUGGAUUCCCAGCAAUCAAUGCGAGGGCGAUACGAGUACAUCCACUGGCUUGGGAAGGACUGACUAACUGUAUGCGAGUAGAACUGUAUGGAUGUGAUACAGGUGCUUUAACGCAUGGUAUCGAGAAAGGAGUUAAGAAAGAACACCCAAAAAAGAAGAAAAUUAUUGUAAGCACGCCAGAAUCAAAUCCAAGUCGUACCAUAUUGGACAAARCUGUUUUAUAUCUUCGCUUCGAUACGAUAACCGACAAGAACACAAUCCUCGACCAAUCAGAUUUGCACAACGAUGCUCGUAUUGUCAACUUUGCUCGCUUGUCUCGAUUCAGCGAAAAAUGCGGCCGCGGAGUAGACUUGAACGGAGGCGACAUCCUAUUCAAUGGAGAACGCUUUGUAAACAAACCACACUUAGCCGUUACUAUAGCAACGUGGGUCAAAUUGUACAGCAUCGACGGGCCUAACUCAGUGUUUGAUACGAUUGGAUGGAAGAAUUCAACGCAUUCCAUGGGACAGUAUCACAUAGAGGUCAUUAAUGGUUCCGUGCGAUGGUUUCACAGGAAUGAGCGGGGGAAAGUUAUCUUUAAUGUCUUAACGGAAGUCAUUGUUCCUCCCCAUAUAUGGACACAUAUUGCGUGUACUUACGAUUCGACUUCCGGUUAUGCCCAAGUGUUUGUCAACGCAAAGUUUGUCAUGAGGGAGGAGGGGGCGGGGCUUUUGUCACAGGACUGGCAGGUUAAAGCAGGGAUUGGUGAGCAUAAGGGAGAGAGGCAAUUGGAUGGAUUGGUUGACGAGUUUUAUAUGUCCAAUGAAGCUUUGUCGCAGGACGAGAUCAAGAAACUUAUGAAAAGAUGUGAUUUCGAAAAAGAAUGCUUCUCGCCCAUCGGAAUGGAAGACUUGAAAAUCAAAGACGAUCAAGUAACAGCUUCAUCAGUGUUAGAGCCACACAAACCUUACUACGGUCGUCUCAACCUAAUAUCCUUCUUUGACGAUGUCAAGCGAAGUGCGUGGUGUUCUGAUGACGACGAUAAAGAACCGUACUUGACUAUUGAUCUUAAAACUGAAAAGACAAUCUCCGGGGUGGCCGUGCAGGGGGCGUCCGUCUUUGACAGCUUUGUGACGAGUUAUAAGUUGUGUUAUAGUCAUAGUGGUAGGAAAUAUGACUGUGUGAAAGAGAAUGGUACUGGCGAGACCCUGGUGGGAAGCGAGGAUAAAGACAACAUCAAGAUCCACUGGUUGAAUCAGUUCUUUGAUGCUCGGUUUGUCAGGUUUUAUCCUCUUUCAUGGUACGGAGAAAAUAUCUGCAUGAGGGUAGAACUGUAUGGAUGCAUCACAGGUCUUCUGUCUGACACGGUUGAAGAAAGAUUAGACAAAGAAAUCGAUCCAUUGGAGCCCAAGACACCCGACUGCAGUGCCAGCUGUGGUAAAGGCACAAUUAAAGUCGUGCGCCAUUGCAACAAGGGGGAACCACACCCUAAAUGUCAACCAGGAAUGAAAACAUACGAAGAACGAACAGAGUGCAUCCAACCCAGCUGUCCUGAUUGUUUCGCGUCGAUGGGUACUUCAUAUGGUACACCAGAAGAGCCCCUUGUUUCCAAUACCUCGGGCUAUGAACACAACCACGCGGAUGGUAGAGGUCACGUGAUCGCAUCCAAAAGAGAAGAAAUUGUACCUGGAGGAAUCUGGUGCGCUGAAAAACCUGACACCAGGCAGUAUGUACAGAUAGAUGUGAAAAAACCGGUUAAAGUCACAGGUUUAGGUACACAAGGACGAAUAACUGAUGAUUAUUGGGUGUCCAAGUAUCGCGUAUCAUACAGCAUCAACGGUAUCACAUGGAAUAACUACACCGAGAAUUAUCAACUAAAGAUUUUUACUGGUAACGAUGAUAAAGACACAUUAUCGAUCCGUCACCUCAAGCAUCCUAUCACAGCUCGCUAUGUACGUUUACACCCGCUGAAAUGGCAUGGCGGGCUCAUUUGCAUGAGGGCAGAAGUCUUUGGAUGCGAUCACUCGUCAAACGUGGUGCAGCAUCAACCACUCUUGAGUGCUAAAAAUAACCAACAGACGAAAAAGGGCGACAUCAGACAGCCACAAAAACCAGUCGAAGCCAAGCCAACACAAAAAAUUAAUACAAUCAAAGAACACAAUUCUGGUCAUCUUACAAAUAUCAAGRGCGACUAUGGACACCUCGCGGCCGCACCACAUGACAACAAAGUACUACCAACAGCAAAGAAGACCAAUACGCAUGCGCAAAACCAAGUUCAAAUUCAAGCUCAAAAUCAUCUCAUGGCACCAAGCCCGAAAAACGUUUUGGCGGGAAAAACGAGUGUUCAGUCGACUGCUGCGAAAACAGGAAAUUCAAGAUACGUCAUUGCUUCGCACACAUUACCCCAUGUACCAAGCCGUAUACAAAAUCGUAUCUUUCUUUCUAAACCUUCACAUAAUAGACUAUCUGAGUUCUACUUCGGCCAUCAACAAAAAGUAUUUAACCAGUAUAUUCCAAGUAAUUUGUAUACGAACCAAAGACUUUCCAAUUUUCAUUAUGGCAAUAGACUAAUUCCUAGGAUUCAACCUUAUAAAUCCUUAGUAAAGUAUCCUAAUGGUCUUGGAGCACAGGCGAUAGUAAUGCCGUCCGUAGGUGCUUUAAAAAGCAACUCAAGAACAUUUGAUAAUCAAAGACUUACGACAGGAACAUUUAUUGGGGGUCAAAGGUUUUCAUCAGGUGCAAAGGUGCUACAAUCUGGACCAUCGCGUUCUUAUAAUCCAUCUUCAUACACUGGGAAGACGAGGGUUCUUGCUGGUAAUAUAAAUGCUGCAGAAACUCCACGAAUUAAGCCUGGGAGUCCUGUCAGAAACCAGUAUUUUUUACCUCAAUUGAAAGUUGUUCCAAAGCCGACUUUAAAGGCUUUAAAAAGAGUACAAACAAAAAUUGCGUUGAUAAAGAACUAUUCAUUGGUUAGAGAACCAAAAUUAGUUUUACUACAAAAUGCAAGCUCAACCCAAAAUUCAAUAACCUUGAGCUUGAGAGAAAAGUUUAAAGAUUCUGAUCUUCAUCAUUUUCUGGAUGAACGCUUAUCAAAGGAGGUUUCAAAAGAGGAAGAAGCGUCGAAGAACACUAAGGUUGAUAGAUACCUCGAUUAUAACUGGUCAGCUUUUGGUCCUUGUACUGCUAGCUGUGGAAAGGGAGUCAAGGAGAGAUACCGGAGAUGUAAUGCAAUGGAGUGUUUGGCUGAUGGAUCAGAGAUACAGAUCCUUCCCUGCUUCAAUCCUCCUUGUAAAGAAUCAACAGAGUGGUCAUCAUACACUAGAUGUAGCGUCACUUGUGGUACAGGAAUAAGAACAAGAACAAGAUCAUGUGAUGGCAUCGAGUGCCCCAAGGCUGGGAAAGAAGUCGCUACUAUAUCAUGUAAAAACCCAGACUGUCCAGUUUUGAACUUGGAUUUCGAGAAAGUUGAUGGUCACGUGGUCAUCGACCAAUCAGGAAAAGGCAACAACGCCUUCAUGGAUAAAGAGACUCACAUCGUCCCUUACAAGAGCCUUUGCGGUCACCAUGCCGACCUUGGUUACCAUGGCAACCUUCUGUUGGAAGACUUCACGUUUAGAAAGAAGCCCAAACAUGGGGUUUCUAUUGCAUGCUGGGUAAACUUACAAGGGUCGACACAAGGGAGUCAUUCGAUAUUCAGUACCUCGAAAAUGGUCAACGUUGGGCAGAUUAUUGGUGGUUACCACUUUGAAGUCGAUGAUGGUAAAGUGCGCUGGUUUCAUCGCAGUGCGUCACACAAUCCUGUCUUUAGUGUUGUCACUGGUAACGUAAUCCACCCAAAUACCUGGUACCACGUGGUUGGCACGUAUUCAUCAAACACCAAGAAGGCUAAGGUAUACAUCGAUGGUAAGGUCCACGGUUCAUCAUCAGGUGACGGUCUACUAGACGAUGACUGGGGAUACCGAGCAUCGAUCGGUAGCUUUGACUUUGAUGGACGAUUUAUCCGCGCAAAACUAGAUGAUUUUUUCAUAUACGACUACGAAAUCACCCCUGAACAAAUACAAGAUCUUCUCAGCAUAAAAUGCCCAAAGAAAAAGAAAAAGAAAAACUACUUCCAACCGCAAUUAAACGGGACGUAGAUAAAUGCUGAUGAACUAUGAUGUCGAUAGAUGACGAUUCCUAAAAUAGGAUGAGAGUUAUUUUCUUCACCGCGUGAAAAAAUUUGAUACAAAGAUACAAGAGGUCACUUUUUUCUUCCUUUGAAAAAAAUGUAAAGUAAAGACUUGAUGAAGGAUUUUUUUAAGAUUAUUUAAAUCAACAAGCGAACGACCAGGAAUGUCAUUAAUGACAGUCUAAACAAACUUCAGUGUUUUACGUACAUUAAUGGACAACAAAGUGAAAGAGACAGCACGUUGCGGUUGCCAUGGAAAGCAUUACGCAUUUAAGGAUUAUAUAGGUUUUAUUUUACAAGGGAUCAGAUAUCAGUACUAACAUUGUUACAGCAUUGAACAUUUGCGAGUUUUACUUAAGGAUUGACAAAGUUUUGGUGGUACGAUCUGAAAGAAAACUUUCCAAAAAUAGUUGACUUUCAGAGAAAUGUUUUCUGCAGAAGUAGCAAUUCUCCAACUACAAAGUAAAGUUGAUUUUUGCUGUUAGGAGAAGCAACUACCUUCAGAUGGUUCUUUACUUUGUGUCACAAAAUGAGAGCAUUGCAAUAGACCUCUUCGGCUCUGACGUAAUGUUUUCCCAUUUCAGACCACAUGUCAUUCCCUAGAGUAUCAUUUCUUUGUUUAAGGUUUGCGCAUGAGAAGACACUUGAAUAUGGA